AAAAAAAAAAAAAAAAAAAAAAACUAGACUGUUGAGUCUCCAGCACCGAAGUUCCCGAGCAACUGUGCUUCGACGAAAGCCUGUUAAUGGCCGCUUAUAUUCACACGCACACACAGUCAGUCAAAUUCAACAAAACCUUCAACUCUCUCUCUCUCUCCCUCUCUUCAACUUUCUCUCUCUAAAUUCUCCAUGGAUCACAUCGCCCUGGGUAUCCUCGCAGCCAUCGCUAGCUUCUUCGUCGCCACCCUACUCUUCACCCUCAUGCUCGUCCUCUGCCAACGCGGCAAGAACCGAAACCAACAAACCCGAACUCGGCCCAAUUCCCAGCUCUCAAUCCCCAUCGGCGAGAGCGCCUCGUUCGACCCCUCUCUGAAUUGGGUCUCCAUGCCGGAGCUCAUCCAGGCCACCCGUAACUUCUCGCCAGACCUCAUCAUCGGCGACGGCAGCUUCGGCCUCGUCUACAGGUGCUGCCUCGCUAACCGCACCGUCGCCGUCAAGAAGCUCAGCAGCGAUGCUUUUCAAGGGUUUCGAGAAUUCCGGGCCGAGAUGGAAACCCUAGGUAAGCUCCGGCACCCCAACAUCGUCACUAUCCUCGGGUACUGCGCCACGGGUUGGGACCGGAUCCUAAUUUACGAGUUUAUCGAGAACGGUAGCCUCGAUCAAUGGCUGCUCGACACGUCAUCGUCGGAGAAUGACGUGUCAGCAUCAUUAGUCCCGAGGCUGCCGUUGUCUUGGGAAACGAGGCUUAAAAUUAUUAGAGGUGUGGCCGAUGGUUUAGCAUAUAUGCAUAAUUUAGACACGCCAAUUAUACACAGGGACAUUAAAGCUAGUAAUGUGUUACUCGACAAGGAAUUCGAGGCACACAUUGCUGAUUUUGGGUUGGCUAGGAUAAUUGAAAGUUCGCAUUCCCAUGUGUCCACCCAAGUGGCCGGAACAAUGGGGUAUAUGCCUCCAGAGUACUUACUAGGGGCUACUACCGCCACUACCUUUGGUGAUGUGUACAGUUUUGGGAUUCUUAUGUUGGAAAUUGCAACGGGGAUGCGACCCAAUUUGCCAUUUAAGGCGGAGGAGGGGGAUUGCCAGGAAGUGAGGUUGGCUGAGUGGGCUAGGAGGAUGGUGGAACACAACAGGCAAAUGAAAAUGCUUGAUGCUAAUAUUUCUAGAGAUGGGUUGGGAGAAGCUGGGGUUGUAGAGUUUUUCAAGAUUGCUAUGUCUUGUGCUAGUGAUAUUUGCAAGGAGAGGCCUGCAAUGAAGGAGGUGGUGGACUUGUUGAAUGGGAUUUCAACUUGAGGAAUUGUACUUUUGGGCAGCUGUGGCAAAUUGUGAUCUUGUUGUCCAAUGCUUGUACGAGUGUUUGAUUGCAAAUUUGAUGAAGAGUGAGGACCAGUUUGUUGCAGUGUUCAUUUUGCUGCCAUGGUCUCAGUCAAGUGAGCUCAUGAUAAGGGGGAUGGAAAUAGCUUGUGGAGCCAAAUAACAAAGGUAAAUUACGUAAGCAUGAUUAUUUAUAGUUUUAUGAUGGUGUAAAGCAUCUUUAGAAUUUUUUAUUUUUUUUAGGCGAAUUGGGCAAGUUCUAGAUAGUUUCUUUUAUCAGAUAAUAUCAUAUGAUGAUUUAUGAGGCAUGCACGUAGCCAUUGUUGUAUAAUUGUAUUCACCAAAUCUAAGCUAGCGAGUUUUAUUCAUUGGUAAAUGUUUCAUUCAGUAUUAAUUGGUCUUUGUUAUUAGGUUAUUAGUUGAUGGUUUCGCGAUGUUCUUGAAAACCUGAAAUUUUCAUGGGAUAUGCACUUCAUUUGAGUUGGAAAUGUCAACUUUGGAUUGUCAUUCUCAUUGAUGGACAUUCCUUGGUGGCAUUUCUUUGUUGAUUUUGUAAUGGAGUGGUGGAUUAACAAA